UCUAUUGUCUUUGAUUUUAGUUGCGCUGAUCCGGAAGAAGUAUAUUAUCGAUGUGAUCCGUGGUGUAUAUGCUCUUUGGAGGCUGGUACGUGGUGUAUUGUAUGCAAGGUUUAGGUUUGUAAAAAUGUCACUAGUAAUACCAGAUAAGUUCCAGCACAUUCUUCGUGUCAUGGGCACAAACAUCGAUGGGAAGAGGAAGGUGAUGUUUGCCAUGACAGCAAUCAAAGGUGUGGGUCGCCGAUACGCAAACAUAGUGCUGAAGAAAGCAGACAUUGAUCUGGACAAGAGGGCUGGAGAAUGUACAGAUGAGGAGGUUGAAAAAAUCGUAACUAUUAUGUCAAAUCCUCGUCAGUACAAGAUUCCUGACUGGUUCCUUAACAGACAGAAGGACAUUGUGGAUGGAAAAUACUCUCAGCUCACAUCCAGUUACUUGGACAGUAAAUUGCGUGAAGAUCUUGAGAGACUGAAGAAGAUUCGUGCUCACCGUGGUAUGCGACAUUAUUGGGGCUUGAGGGUUCGUGGCCAGCACACAAAGACAACAGGAAGGCGUGGAAGAACUGUUGGUGUGUCAAAGAAGAAAUAAAGUUUUUGUAUUCAUCAGCUUACAGAUUAUGCUGUCAUAUUAAAUAAAUUAUAAAAAAAAAGAGUA